AUGCAAUGCCUAUUUAGGUUUGAACUACGUGAAGAUAGAAAGCGAGAGGUGGCUCGCUCGAUCGGUCAUUUGGAGGGCUUUAAGCGAGACCUCUUCGAUGUGCUGACGGCCUUUGGUUUACCCGACAACCAAGAGCAACUGACUGCACAGCCGCGCCACCGCCUUCGCCCAAGUGAUGCCACCUCGAAGAGCGGCCAGCCCCCGGAAGAAACUGGAAGCUCCACAGCGCUUGACGCCCUAGGCAACUCGCAGACGGUCGACUUUGAAUCGGCCAAGGCUGGUCCAACGGGCCAUAUUGUCGGCUCAUCUCGAGCCAAGGCAGCUGUACCGGGGACGCUGGAGGUCGGAAUGUCGGAGGCCGGCAUCCUCGCGCCCUACCAGACUGAAGUCCGUGAUAUGAUGCUCAGCGGUGCCAGCAUGCUGCCGCCAACGUCGCUAUCACGGGAGACCAGGCAGGCUGGAGGCCAUUCGACAAACGCCACCCUCCUGGUUGGCCGGCAGAUGCAGCAGGUAUAUGAAGAGAUCAAGCGACUUGCCUUGUCAGCUUCUACCGGCGAUGUGGUUGGCAUGCUAGGUCUAUCCGGCCAUCCAAGUCCGGAUGGCAGACUCGAAGUCGGGCUCACUACUGAGGCGUAUGAACAACUUCGGACUGACCUACGGCGUGAGAUGCGCACCGAAUUUGAAGAGUUGGCUGGCAACAUGGUCGAUCGUUUGACAGUUAUGCUAGCCUCUACACCGACACCGGCGUCUGUCAGGACCUCUCGACCGCGUAGAUCUAGUCGAGGGCAUGAUCGGACGGAGGAAGUGAGGGCUUCCGCAAUACCGACAAUCGAAAGAACUAGUUCCCACCGGCCUCGGGUCCUCCAUCACGCAACUAGCAGCAGCAAUCCAAUGUGGUCAAAGGACGAGUUGGCAUAUGUG